CCUCACAACACCGCAAUCAUGGGAGGAGAUCUCAACUUGAAGAAGUCAUGGCAUCCGGCCUUGAUGACCAACCAGAAGCGGGUGUACAACGAAGAACUGAAAGCACUCGAGGAGCGCAAGAAAACCGAUCAGGUGCUGAAGGAGCGAGCGGAGGAGCGUGCAAUUCAGGAACUCGAGAGGCUGCAGGAAGCCGCUGGAGGAAAGAAGAGGACUGAUCGGGUGGACUGGAUGUACAACGGUCCCGGCUCUGGAGGACCAGGUGUGGGAGGCGUGACGGAGGAGAUGGAGGGCUACUUGCUGGGAAAGCGGAGGCUGGAUGGGCUUGUCAAGAGGAAUGAGAGCGAAGCGUUGAAGAAAGAUGCGCCGGAAGAAGGAUUCAUGGCGCUGAACCAGAACGCGAACUCUUUGAGAGAUACGGCUGCAAAGGUUGCGAGCGAUCCGAUGCUGGCGAUCAAGAAGCAGGAGCAGGCUGCAUAUGAGGCGAUGAUGAACGACCCAGUCAGGAGGAAGCAAUUGCUGCUCGCCGCUGGGAAAGAGAUCGAGGACGACAAGGACAAGGACAAGGACAAGAGCCGCAGACGACACCGACACAGACAUCGCGACGAUGAAGAUGGUCACCGAAGCAAGCGCAGACGACACACAGACGGCCACGACGACGAAGGACGAUCUCAUCGCCACCGCUCGCACAGACACAGACACAGAUCAUCAUCCCGCAGCCGUUCACGCUCGAGAUCAAGGUCACCACAUUCUCACGACCGCCGCUCGAAAUCAUAUCGAAGGAGGGACCGCAGCGACUCCCGUUCACGAUCCAAACGAGACCGCAGCGCUUCCAGAUCCCGCUCACCUCCCCGCCGACGGGACUCAGACGACCGCAAAGACCGCCGCAGAUCCUACCCGAGUCCCCGACGCUCUGACUCCCGCUCACGAUCUCGAUCUCCCUAUCAUGAGGAAGCCGAGCGCGCGAAAAAGCUGGCGGCGAUGCAGUCCAACGCUGAUAGUCUGGAGACGGACCGUAAAGCGCGACUGGCGGAGUUGGAUGCAAGGGAAGCGAAACAGAGAGAGGAGGAUGAUCGGAAGAGGUCGGAGAAGGCGAGGUUUAUUGGAAGUGUGAGAAAGGACGCGGAGGGUGUGGAUUUGGGGAGGAGGUUGCAGGAUCGGAGGGGCGGGAUGGAUGUUGAUUGA